GUAGCUCAGCAAACGGCAAAAAGAACACGGUGACUUGGUCUCAACGACGUUUACGUAGCAAGGCAGCCAGACAUAUCUCUACUACUGUACUAGCGGUGCAUCUACGAAGUAAGCCGUGAUGAUUCGUGCGAAUCAUUGAACCAAAGAAACGGCAGCAUGCAUAAUAGUGACACACUCCCGUAUACCUUUUAGUACAACCGGUGACCACUGCUCGGAAAGCUGGAGUUUCUGUCAGCUGUGUAGUUAUAGCAGGGAGAUGGCGGAGUCGGUACCAGACGAAAUGGUCUCCGAGCCCAGAUCUCCACGUAGUCGUCAAAACAAGAAGCCGUCGUUUGGAGGAGACAAUCGUGUAGGAAGCAGUGAUGGCGCAACAGCGUCUGCGCAGUGGUGUGAAGAAGCACAAUGUUACCCCUUACCUAAAACUGGUGCCGCUGUGCGCACCCAAACUGUUGGAGACAAUCGUGGCGUACGAAGCAGGCCAAAUGCUGGUGGCGCAGCAACAUCUGCACGGUGGAACGAAGUACCAGACUGUUACCCGCUGCCUAGGACUGGUCCUGGUGCUCGUACCCAAACCGACUAUGACUCAGUGAUGAACUCUCCAUCGUCUAGCAUGCUAUCCUGCCAUUUCUCCUCUGGAGCGCAUUCGAUAAGCGACUCUGUCUUCCCGCAGUAUACAAACCAACUCCUAAGCCCACUGGCUUCGCCUGGGCACGGAUGUAGAGAAGGUGUUCACGCAACAGAUCACGUCCCCGAAGAGAGUGGCGAGAGGCCCCCCACCUCUUGGGAUGUGGAUCUUUGCUUCAUGGUGGAUUGCACGGACAGCAUGAGCAGGUGGGUACGCCAGAUUAAACUGCUUCACCAACGGAUCCGGGAUACCUACAAUAGCCGGUGCCACAUCAGGGUAGCGUUCGUUGCCUACUAUGACCUCGCCUGGGAGUUUCAACGCCAAAACUUUGUAGUUUAUGUCGACGCCCUGGAUUUUACUUCAUCUCCGGAAGAAUUUUGCGACAAAGUUGCAAAGGUGGUUGUCAAUGGAGGAGGUGAUUCGGCAGAGGAUGUGAUGACAGGAUUUGAAGUAGCCUUAAAGCUAUCGUGGAAGGGAUCCAUCAAACUGGUCAUUCACAUUGCAGAUCAGCCAGGCCACGGGUUAAUGUACCAUCAUCGGGAUGUAAUAGACACCUACCCUGGAGGAGAUCCAAUUGGGCGCUCUCAUGUUGACAUGAUGAGGAUGAUGGCAUGCAACAACAUUCAGUACUGCUUCGGAGUGAUAACCAAGCAUACUGGAAAGAUGAUCCAUGUCUUCAACGAAUGCCUCAAACAAGAAUCAUGUGGGCGUCUAUCAGUCAAUACCUUUGACGCCAGCAAGCCAGAGGAUGAAGGUUUUUCCACUGCUCUGCUUUCAGCUGUGCACUCAAGCAUCGCCCACUCAGUGUCUGAAGGUCGCAUCCCCCUGGAACUAAGGCCAGCAUGCAAGGAAAUUGAUCCAGCCUUGCCCACGAACUUGGAGAGAUGUGCUAUCAUGUCUGCAACCGCAAUGAGCUUCAAAAUGCCACCAUCCAUCGAUGAUGACAUUCUACAAAGUGCCACAAUGAAACUAGUCAAGUCUGAUGUUGUGAUUCGCAUGGCAGCCAAGCCAUUUGCCCAAGGUCACUUCCAGCUUUCCUACCAUGGUCUAGACACAGUCAAAUACCGACGUGUCGUUCUGAAGCAGAGUCGAUUUGCCAAUCCUGAGCGUAACCGGCUUAAGCGCUACCUUGAGAACAUGGAAGUCCAGGUGAUUACUGCUCGCUUCUUGGCUGACUUCAAGAAACAACUGCAAAACGGUAUUGUAUGUGCCGGGCAACAGAUCAAUGUACUAAAUGCCAAGGUUAUCAUGCUGCAGGGUGCGACUUGCGAGCAAGACAAGUUUAUGACGAUGGAGCCACAUCUUGGAGAGGACUCCACCAAGUUGAGCAGCAUCGGAUAUGGCCAGCCUGCGGAAGAUGAGCCAGAGUGUAUCAUCCAGGCAUUCAGCCACUGGACGUACUUCAGGUCGGGCAAGUCUUUGGUCAUCGUCAAUGCUCAGAGCAGCGUCUAUGAUGGCGUAAUCUACCUUACCCAUCCUGCCAUACACAGUAUCGACAGAAAGCGCUUUAGCAAGACAACCAACUGCGGCAAGCCUGGCAUGGACAUGUUCUUGGCUGCCCAUGAGUGCAAUCGCCUAUGCAAUGCUUUGAAUAUUCUAGAUUGAAUGUUCUGCGGCAGCCAUGAAGCAAGAUAUCGCACACCGCAUUUAUCACAAGAGCGAGAUGAUAACCGCUUGCAAUUCCCUAUUGAGUAUACAGAGAAUGGUAUGCCUUUCUUCUUUUUCAUCUGAUAUUUUAUUUUAUUUCUAAUCUGAUAUUUUCUUUGCUUUCAAUGUACUAUCGUGCUAUCCCGUGACCUGCAGAGAGUGGGGCAGAGGGGACUCAAGACGUAGUCUGAUCUCCUCUCUCUCCGGGAGAUUGCAUAGGGCAGAGGGGAGUGGAAGGACCUUUGCAAGGACGUCUGCAAGUCCAAUGGUGGCGUUUACGACUAAAACCAAAUAAUAUUGCUCCAAAAUAUCACAAUAUUGCUUUUCAUAACUGCUGUGGUAAUAAUAAUUAACAUCUAUAAUACUGACAAAAUUCCUCUCUUAACGUAGUGCGUGGAUUUGCAUCCACCUGCCACCAUAUUACUGGUUUAACGUUAUUCUCAAACCGGAGUCGACAAUGCCCGUUAUCCUGUGUCUGCGUCCUCUGUUCAAUCUGCCCCAUGCUGUAUUAUGCUUGUUAGCGGUGCGUCUUGUUACUGUAUUUCUAUUUCUGUUGUCGUUGCUCUAUUUUUUUCAAUGCUUUUAUUUCCAUAUUGCUAUCAGUCACCACCACUACACCAAGGUCGUUGACGCUGCAAAUUUUAUUCAAAAGAAAUGGAAUCUCCAAAUUUUCGCCCUUGGGGCUUCAUCAGGGAGAAAAUAAUAAUGAAAUGGAACUGGCUCUGUAGCAAACUAUAAUAGCAGAGCAUUGAGACAUUGAGACAUUGGCACUACAGAAGUGAGGAGAGGAGAGUACGAGGCGUCAUACAUUAGCACUAUAAUAAAUGAAUGAAUGAAUGGCGAGGACAACAAGAGGUGCACACUGGCAGUGGUUACAUGGUGAUAAUCACACAAAGUGUGAGAGAAGCGCUAAAGGGGCGCAAGGGAACGCAAGCCAGAGCGCAACAUAAGAUUGAAACGUGUAACGUGGAAGUGAAACAACCGCACAUGCACAAACUCAAACACGUCUCACCUCCCCUCAUUCUAU